CCGAGGCAGGUACUGGAUACACCCAUCAAGUCCGGAUCUACAAGGGCAGGAACCUUGGAGGACCACCACCCAAGGCAGGCCUUGGGCACAGUGUGGUCAUGGACUUGAUGGAACCGCAUCUCGACAAGGGACACCACAUCAUCUGUGACAACUUCUUCAGCAGUCCGUCUCUCUGCCAUGAUCUCUUUGACAGGAAGACGUUCUGCACAGGAGUUGUCGCCGUCCGGAGGAAGGGAAUGCCGAGCUCCUUUGUUGGGAAAAGAUCACCCAGGGGCUCGACAAUUGUGAGAAGACAGGGUCCACUGCUGGCAGUGUUCUUUUCAGACAGGAGGGUCUUCACAAUUUUAUCUACCAUGGGUAGUCCAAGAAUGGAAGAUGGGCUUAACUCACGGGGCCGGUCUGUCACUCUCCCCUCAGUCGUAAGACUAUACAACACCCUGAUGGGGGGAGUUGACCUUGGGGAUCAACUUAUUGCUGUAUAUGAUCCCCAAGUCCGCUCCGUCAAGCUGUGGAAGAACAUUUUAAUCAACUUUCUUCUCACAGCUUCAGUUAAUGCCUAUCAGACCUUCAUGAACACCCAUGGUAGGACGACCCCCCGUCUGGACUUCCACAUGUCCCUUCUCCACUCACUCGUCGGGAACACUCAUGUGACUAGGAGGACUGGCAGACCAAGGACCCAGCCUCCUUCCCGACGACUGACCGGGCGCCACUUCAUCGAAGUGCUGCCUGGAAGGAAGAGGAAACAGUGUGUCCUCUGUAGAAAACGACAGAGGACCACAGAUGGCUCUGCAGGGAAGGUCAGGACUUGGUGUCCUGAUUGCACUGUAGGCCUCUGUGCCCGCUGUUUCAGCCAGUAUCACACAGCCGCUCACAUUGAAGAGUGAAUGGCUGUAUGUACUGGCAUAUCAUCCCUUCAGGCAGUUUCCCCAUCUGUGUGCUUAAGUCCACUGUACAUAAAUUUUGUGAGAGCAUUACUUGCGCCGUACUUGCAAUAUUACAGCAAAAUCACGUCGAAUUAUUGUAUAUACAUUUAUUAUCUGUAAAUAUCCUUAAUAUUAUUUGAUUUUGAGAGUAUGACUUACGCCGUAUUUGCAAUAUUAAAGCAAAAUCACGGCGAAUUAUUGUAUAUAAAUUUAUUGUCUGUAAAUAUCCUUCAUAUUAUUUGAUUGCGAGUGUAUGACUUACGCCAUAUUUGCAAUAUUAGAGCAAAAUCAUGGCGAAUUAUUGUAUAUAAAUAUAUUGAUUGUAAAUAUUCUUGAUGUGAUUUUAGUGUGAGAGUAUGACUUACGCCGUAAUUGCAAUACUAAAGCAAAGUCACAGCGAAUUUUUGUAUAUACAUUUUUUCUCUGUAAAUAUCCCCAAUAUUAUUUGAUUGUGAGAGUACGAGUUACGCCGUAAUUGCAAUAUUAACGCAAAAUCACGGCGAAUUAUUGUAUACAAAUGUAGUGCCUGUAAAUAUCCUUAAUAUUAUCU